AAAAUGAUGAUUGCCUAUAGGAGCUUAUUCGACUAAUCAUUUAAAAUGUGUUAUGUUGACUUAGUAGGAUAGAGGUUACAUCCAUGGAUGAAGGACAGAGUAGAGUAUACCUGCAAGAGUGGUUGACACUUUUAUGAGCCAACACAUUUUGUGGAAUAAGGGUUACAUUUAUUUUACUUCUCAUCACGUGGAAGUGUUGAAAUGCGUGUGAAAGUAGAUUCGGUUCCGCUUAUCUGUCGUUAAUAAUUACGGUAGUUCGUAAAUUGUUUUUCAUUUAAUGCGUUAGUUCGGAUGCUAUAAUCAGUUAUGGCGACAGUUAUGUGACUCAACUAAAUGAAACUUCAUCGGCUGCGUGUCCCCGUUGAACACCGCUGCCCGGAGACAACGGUUUAGCGCACCACAAACUGUCAUUGUACUACCAUCCUUGAAAGGAGAGAGAAGUGGAACUUAAUUUACUAAUAAGUGAAUAAACUCAAUUAUGACUUCGGUUUGGAAAAGAUUACAACGGGUUGGCAAGAAAGCUUCGAAAUUCCAGUUCGUUGCGUCCUAUCAAGAGCUUGUGUUGGAAUGCACCAAGAAAUGGCAACCAGAUAAAGUCAGGGUGGUAUGGACCAGAAGAAAUCGGCGUAUGUGUUCCAAGCUUCAUGGGUGGCAGCCAGGCAUCAAGAACCCCUACAGGGGAAUGGUGGUGUGGCCAGUACCUGAGAACAUCGAUAUCUCAGUCACACUCUUUAGGGAUCUCCAUUCUGAUGUGUUUGAAGACAAAGACUGGACAUUUGUCAUUGAGAGUGAGACUAAAGGUCAACGCAAGGUGUUGGCUUCAGUGGAUGUCAAUAUGAAGAAGUUUGCCAGUGCCACGCCCACACAGCAGGACCUAACACUGAAGAUGAAGCCGCUGUCCGUCAAGGUGGUAGAAGCUACGUUGAAGCUCUCAUUGUCCUGCGUGUUUCUCAGAGAGGGGAAAGCCACUGACGAGGACAUGCAGAGUCUGGCCAGCCUGAUGAGCGUCAAACCCACAGACAUCGGCAACCUUGACGACUUCAAUGAGAGCGACGAGGAGGAUGACAAGAGGUCCAGUGCUGGAGCAAGCGUAAGCAAAGCUGCCGCAGCCCCCUCACUUCCUGCUGGCCCAGGGUACCCUCCAGAAAAGAGGUCUACUCCUCUAAAGACUCCCACUAUCAUAGCCUUUGGAAAAGAUAGAGGGAAAGCUGGCACUGCUCCUGUCCUUCAUUCGAAGCCCCCUCUUCCUGUCCCUUCAACCCCUUCUCCUCAUCUUCCAAUCCGCUCUAGACAAUCAUACUCUGUGCCACCCUCUUCUGUGACCGCCAGACCGCCAUUGCCCUCAGUUCCAUCAUUGCCCUCAGUUCCAUCAUUGCCCUCAGUUCCAUCAUUGCCCUCAGUUCCAUCAUUGCCCUCAGUUCCAUCAUUGCCCUCAGUUCCAUCAUUGCCCUCAGUUCCCUCAGCGCCCUCAGUUCCAUCAUUGCCCUCAGUUCCCUCAGCACCCUCAGUUCCAUCAUUGCCCUCAGUUCCAUCAUUGCCCUCAGUUCCAUCAUUGCCCUCAGUUCCAUCAUUGCCCUCAGUUCCCUCAGCACCCUCAGUUCCCUCAGCGCCCUCAGUUCCCUCAGCGUCCUCAGUUCCCUCAGCGCCCUCAGUUCCCUCAGCGCCCUCAGCCACAGUGCCAUUAAGGUGUUUAGAAUCUCCAGUUUCCUCAGUGCCAGAUCUGAUCCACUAUCAACCUCCCUCAGUAUCAUCAGUGCCUUCACAGCCAGCCUUUGGGCACUACCAACCACCUGCACUGCCCAAAAUCUUCCGUCACAGCAGCAGUUCAGCCCCUGUGUCUUUUCUGAGUAGUCUCCCAGGGGCUCUGAGUGGCCCUGCAGUGGAAUUGAAGGCCUCCAGUCGGCCCCAGUUCAGACGAGCUGAGCCCCUGACCUCUGACCUCUCUCAACCCCCCUCCCUACCCUCUGACUCAAAGAGAGCUCGCCCCAAUGUCUUCAGACCUCAGAUUGUUUCAACCCAUCAGCGUCCCUCCUCCCCAUCUAUCUUUUCCUCUGCCAUAUCUCAAGACAAAAACCCUUUCCUAUCCCAGCCAGACCCAACCCUUCCCAAACCCCAGCUCCCCAACACCCCGCCAGUCUCUGUCCGGCAGAGGGAGUGGGGGAGACCCAGGCCCAUGUCAGGCCCCUCUGUCUCCUGCCCGUCUUGUUCUUAUCCUUGUCCCCCUGUCAGGGAUUCCAUGACCCCUGUCCCUCUGCUGACAACCCCGGACCUGGACGCUCUGUGUGACCCCCAUUCCCCUCCGCCCAUUCCCUUCCCAAAGUCCUCACCUCCUGUCAAAUGUCUUUUCUCUCACAAUCCCCCUUCUUCUCGCUCUAACCUCCGUCAAAAACCGUCUCUCAUCGUUGCCCCUCUCUCUGACCUUCCAUCCGAGCACGACCCUUCACUUCCUGCUACUGUUCCCGCCCUGGGUUCUCUUACUGUCAGUACCACCCAGUCAGAGAUGCAGAGAGAGUUGAACAGACUAACUGAGGAGGACCACUGCAGUCCUUUUACACUCGGAGCAAAACGGUCCGAGCAGACGGCCGUGUUUCUCUCAGGUGAUUCCCUCCCCCUGUCCCUGAACAGAGCGGGGGAGUCUCUCCUCCAUCCCAGGACCGCUGGCCCCAUCAGGAACACCAGCCAAACCGCCUCUGCAUCGCUCGAGAGAAACAGAGAGAUCCGACCAGAUCCGGAGAAAGUGGUUGGUUUGAAAGUUGCCAGCACCAUUAAAGGUUCUGGGCAUGAUAACGGCCCAGCGACUGGUGUCCCAGGCCCCACAUCCACAGAAGACUCUGAGCCAGCAGAGAUUAUUCCAGCACUUCCUCCUCCAUGGCCUUUCUCAAGUCCAGAGUUAGAAGUGCCAGAGAGCACUAGCCCUAAAAAACCUUCUAGAAACAUCAUAGCUGGAAAGAAGCCAGACUUAAAGCAGACUACCAGUGAGACAGAGUUGCCUUCUCAAACUGCCAAAACAGAGUACACCUCUCCCUCCAUCCUGGAGAAAAUGCCUUUCAGCGUAGACAAGCCACCAUUGGCUGUGCCUGAACUAGACUUUGAUGAUAUAAUUUUAGAGAUUCCCGAUCCAUCGGUCACUACUGGCAGCCUGUUUCUGGAGGAAAAUGCUGGUGAAGAAAUGCCAAAAGUGGAGACAAUAAAGAGGUCGCCAUACAGCAGCUUGAAGUUUGAAUUGGAACGUCUGGAUGGAGGUGUUGAACGGAAAGCUGAUAUAAAGUCAACCAGAGAGCCAUCUUCACACAUCCAAAUAGAGAACAGACCAGAACCGAUCACGUGUCAAGUCACAGCUGAGGAGCAUGCGAAAGGCCUUGAAAAGGAGAACAAGCAGGAGCAACAGAGCAGAGUCCCUGUUUUUCCAUGUUCAUAUGACCUCAACAGGUCAGAUGAAGACAAGGAAAUUCUGAAAAAUAUGUCUGCCCUCCAGGCAGGCCAACCCAGCGUUACAUCCACACCAGUUGGGACACCCAGUAUUUCUACCCAAGAGCUCCCUCCUCUGGAAGAGAAGCCAAUCAAAGCAAAGGGGCCAUCAUGGACUCAGGAGAAAAUAGACAAUGAAGGAGAUAAGAAACAGAUGGACCACCAACAACAGGAUGAGAAGGCAUCAUUGUCUCAAGCCGAUGGACACAAAUUGUCCCCCCUGAAAGUGACUGCUGACAAGAGUGAAGAACUGUCAAAUAGUUCUGAAAAGAAGACAGCAAAAGUGGAAACACAGACAGUAGCGUCUGACCGUGUGCAUAAAAAGAGUACUUCUGACCAUAUGUCAUCAAAAGCAGCCGCGUUGACCUCGUCAGGCAGUGUCAGUGUUGACAAAACCGUUGAAAUCGAUUUCCUAUCUGACAGCAGUACAUCGACUUCUAUUGAUAAAACCAUGAAUGCGGCCUCUGAGCGGCUAGAGACAGCCAAGAUGCCUGAACCCUCUCGAUGUGACGUCUUUGAGCAUAUGAUCCAAUCCAGCUGUACAUUAGAAACCAUAGCUGAGGAUGCACUGGAGCCUAUCGAACUGCCAGGGAUGUCAGUUAAACAGCCCCAGCCUGCUACAGAGGCCCUGGCACAGGCAGAGGUUCCGCUCUGGGAGGCCCUGGAGGAGAAGGCCUGGGACCAGAAACCAGAGCGGGACUCAGGGGUGGAGAGGGUCAGAGGUGAUGACCUUGGAGAGGAACAGGGGACAGUAGAUGAGGAUGUGUUAGUGCCAGACAUAGAAUCUGUGUGGACAGGCUCAGAGCAAGAUGUUGAGACAGAAGCGGCAGUUUCCAGAGAACGGAAAAUCACCUCGGAGAAAUCAGAGAGCCUCCCUAUGCAACCUAUUCCAGGGCUCUCAGCCCAGUGUUCUGAAUCUCUUGGAAAGGAGGCAGUUGUGAAAGAGAGAGAAGACACUGAACCAUCUCCUUCACUGUCUGCAUGUACUCUUGAUCUACCCACGGAGGUGGUCAGUAGCCCCACCGUGCAGGGCUCAUUACAGACAAACACACUUGUGUCGUUGGAAGGACCCAUUUCUCCAGCCGGGGGGUCAGACGUAGAGGAGGAAGAGCCCUGCGAGGUGAAGCCUCCUCCCAGUAGACCAGAGGCUGAGAGGCCUCUCUGGGCUGCUUUAGAGGUGAAAGCUAAAGUGAAGGAAACAGAGGAAGUAGGCUUGAGCAUUUUGGAGCCAGCCAAGAUUACCUUGCAGAGGGGCCCAUCUGGACAGGGGUCUGUAGCAGAGAUCCUGGUGACUGAUUACCUGGAUGACUGUCCCCUCCCAUCGUCCGCCAAGGGAAAUAGAGAAACAGACAUUUACUUUGACUGUGACAGUUCAGUAGCCUUUGACAGGCCAUCAGCUGAAGACGCUCCUGUUCAUCCUCCCCCUCCAAAGAAGACAUUUCAGCUGGGAAAGUGUUCUGUUGUCAUCCAUGAGAGUGAAGAAGGGGCCGGUCAGUCUUUUUCCUCCACGGUCUGCCCAGGGCAAGCAAACAAUGAUCUGCUGGAAGAGCCAGCUCUGACGAAAAGCUCUAUGGACACAUCAGAGAUGAUUACCACAGAAGUGUUGGAAGAAGAGCAGGUUUCGGGCAGGCAGGAGCACGUUCCUGUUGCUGUGCAGGAGGAGGGUUUUGAUGUUGAUGUCUUCAUGAGAGCGUUAGUAGGUGCCCUGUACAGAGGUUAUGAGACAGUGACUUCCAUACUUCAGCCAUCUGGCCAAGUGCCUACUGAUGAGGAGGAAGAAGAACCAGACUCAAGACCACUUUCUCCAUCUUUGUUUGAGAUUAUGCCACCUGAAGCAUUUUCUGAUGCAUUAGAGGAACUUCCAGUUGUGGAACAUAACUUAUCACUCACAGAGUCUUCCCUUAUCCAGUUAGCCCACAAGAAUGAUGCAAGGUUCUGCCGAACAGAAGAGCCUUGCAGGCCAAGCUUAGUGCAGAUGUUGCGUUUAGCUGCGGUGAAGCAAGAGAUGGACCCAACCUACAACAAUGAUCAACAGGCCAUACCACCCAAGGAGUUCACAGGACCACCAAAGACAGUCACAGAAACGACAAAGGAGAUUGCAGAACCAGUACAGGAGGUCACUGAACCAACAAAGAAAAUCACAAAAACAUCCAAUGUAGAUGUACUCCCGCUAGCAUUACCUCUUGUAAGAAAUGCAGAUGCAAAAAGUUAUGUAGACGAUUUCCCACCACUCAGAGAAGCAGAAAUGGAUGAAAUAGCUUACGAAGACCGGUCGGAAGACAACAACGAUGAAGCCACUGCUACUGUUAAUUACCCUAAGAAGAUCAAGGAAAAGACCAAGACAGUGUUCAUGCCUGACAGUGAUUCAGAUGAGUUGGAGUUUGAGAUGGGGCAAGAGGAUAUAGGCACAGUGUGGCUAGCAGAGUUGUAUAUGGAUGACGGUCCAGAGGUGUUAUCUUCACCACCUCCCACACAUGAAGACAACCUCUCUAGUAGUGUGUUCACACAGCAGGCCAUAUCAGCGGGGCCGCCUGUAGGAGGACUUGUUACUGGAACCAUUGAGUUGGAGCCACUUCCCCGUCGUUGGAGCAAAAACCGAGAAAGCUCUCCGCCAGUGCCUCUUCAGGAAGUUGGUCCAGAGAGGCUUAGUCAUGCCACUAGUCAUGUUCCACCCCAGCAAAACAAAGAGAAAACUGCUCCACCGCCAGAUGCAACAGAUAAUGAGGCACAAGAGAGCAGACAGUGUAGCUUAAUGAAGGAGAACGUUGACAAUGAUGAUGAAGGAGAAGGCAUUCCAAAAGCAGUAAUCCUCGCAAUGGAAACAAGUUCCUCAGAUAGCAUUCUGGUGACAGCCAGAGAAAGCCAAGCCAAUGAAGAACAAUGUGUAAUAAAGGAUGGUGUUAAUGACAAAGAAGUACCAGAGAAAGAUGUUUCUGUCAGCUCAGUGGUCCCCUGGCCUUUACCUCCCUCUCAGCCUGGAACACCUACAGCAUGUCCCAAAGUCCCUCAUGUUAGCCCAACGGAACCAGCCAACGAGGACCUAAGCUUCAUAGCGGAAGAAAAAUUGCUUUUGGCUAAGAUCAGUCAGAUGGUUGUAGAAGAGGUCUCAGAUGAACCUGUGCCCAUGCCUGCCCCUCGUGUCAGGAAGCUCCUAAUCCCCUUCCUCAGUAAGGAUGAACCUUCUCUGAACUUAGAAGGUCUACCAUCCUUGGAUGCCAGUGAGGAACAAGAGACUCCAGUGAUCCAUCAGAAAGUCGGUCUAGAUGUGCCUAAGCCAGACCUCCAAGAUCUAGGCCUGCAGGAAAUCAUUUGUAUGCCCUCUACCAUGGCCACUGUCUCCUCAAAUAGUUGCCCAUCUAAUACUUUAACUGAAAGUGUGAUAUCAUUAGACUCAGCUUUGAAAUUGACAGGCCGGUCAAAGGAUAAGAUGGAGGUUAAGGACAGUGUGCGGGUGACUGAUGGGAUACCCGUUGACACAAGACUUGAAGCAGACAAUGUUCCACUUUCCACUCUUUCCUGUGUUUCUGCCCAAGAGGCGGGUUUAUUAUUGACGGAGACAGGGGAGACAGUCCCCAAAGAGAAGGUGCCUGAAACAGGUGUUAAGGAAGAGGAGGGUCUUGAGGUAGAAAAGGAGGCUACUUUUUGCACUGUAGAUGCCUCAGUGGAUAAGGCAGCUGAUGACUCUGAGACAACAGAGGGGGAAAAGAGGUCCAGCAGCAUUGCUGUCCCAACGCUUGAAGAUACCACAACACAAGGGACCAUCGAGCCUCCAGCCACUGGCCCAGAGAGUGAAGAGUCACAGUCCAAUGGACAGGCCCCAGCAGAUAAGGAGAUUCUCUCAGGUCAACCAUCAGAUACAAUUCCGCUUCCCAGACGCGGCAAGAAGAAAGCCCCUCCCUGUCCUGUGGUCCUUCAGGAAAUUGCCCUAGAGACGCCCACUACCAUAGAGAACAAGGAUGAAGCCAAUCAGAAGUCUGAUUUAGUCAGUAGCCAGGAGAUGGCCGUCCCUCUUCCCAGUCCCGGUCUGGUGACCUCUAGCCAGUCUUUGCUGGAGUGGUGCCAAGAGGUAACAAAGGGUUAUACAGGAGUGAAGGUCACCAAUUUCAACACCUCCUGGCGUAAUGGCUUGGCUUUCUGUGCCAUCCUGCACCACUUUUAUCCUGACAAGAUAGAUUUUAAGACCCUGGAACCCAACGAUAUCAAGUUAAACAACAAGAAGGCCUUCGAUGGCUUCGCGGCACUGGGCAUCUCUCGCCUGAUAGAGCCCUCGGACAUGGUGCUGCUCUCGGUGCCAGACCGCCUGAUCGUCAUGACCUACCUGUGUCAGAUCCGCACCCACUUCACAGGCCAGGAGCUGAGCGUGCUGCAGAUCGAGCACAACAGCAGCCAGUCCAGCUACGCCGUGGCGGAGCGCAGUGAGGAGUCCGACGUGGACGCUGCCACUCGCUUCUGCGCCCGCAAGCUGCAAGAAGGAGGCGUCUCCCUGGAGGAGGGCGUCACGGAACAGGCCCCGAAGCCCAACGGGGGCCUGGUACCACCACCCCGGACUAAAAGGUGGUCGAGGGGGGAGGAGAAGGGGAGCGGAGCUGGGGGUGCGGACACGCCCGUGCCUCCGCCCAGGUCCCACGGCUCCUCUGUCAAAUCUGGAUUUGGUCACGUGAGAGACGCCGACCUGGUGAAGAAAAGGCGCUUGCGGAUGAAAAGUGAGUCCAUGGACGAAGGGGACGGGCCAGAGCAACACAGCAGCCCACCCAAGAGCACAGAGUCUCAUGAAGCUGUUUCCGAAAGAGGUUUGAGAAACGGCUCCUCAGAAUCAGAGUUAACGAGUCCAGCACCAGCGCAGGAGUCCAGUGUCCCAGGCAAAGAGGAAGAAACUUUGCAUCUGCAGGACACCAAUCAGUAUGUGUUGAGUGAGCUUCAAGCCCUGGAGACAGAACAGAAGCACAUUGACAGCCGAGCAGGAAUCGUGGAAAGGAGACUCAGAAGGCUGAUGGAAACAGGUAGCGACCGUGACGAGGAAGAGAAGCUGAUCCAGGAGUGGUUCACUCUGGUCAACAAGAAGAACGCCCUGAUAAGGAGACAGGACCAUCUGGAACUCCUGCAGGAGGAGCAGGACUUGGAGAAGCGAUUUGAGCUGCUGAACAGAGAACUCAGAGCCAUGAUGGCCAAUGAAGAGUGGCAGAAGACAAAGGCCCAGCAGCACCGGGAGGAGCUUCUGUUGCAGGAACUGGUCUCUCUGGUCAACCAGCGGGAUGAGUUGGUCCGAGACAUGGACGCCAAGGAGAGAGGAGCCAUUGAGGAGGACGAGCGCCUGGAGCGGGGGCUGGAGCUGAGACGCAGAAAGUUCAGCAAUAAGGACAAGUGUGCGCUGCAGUGAGAUGCAGGAUGACAGCGACAACUAGGGCGGGGCCCUAAAUAACCGUCCAUCCAAAACAGUCCUCCACAGUCUGUGCUUCAUGCCAAGCUCUCAUUGACUCAGCAUCCUGCCCUAUGAAACACUCCAUAGGUGAACCAUGCGCCUCAGCAAUCAAUACAAUCAUCAUUAUAAAGUUCUCUGGAAUGUGCUUAAUUUGGACUGGGGACGGAUCUUUAAUGACCAGAGACAUCCUCUGGGAGGAUGGUGUGCAGCAGUGCAGGGGAGAUCUCCUGUCCAUGGAAAAGUUUGAUUGAGAGACAUUACAUCUGUGCCUUUGGUCUGUCAUUCAAAUGAAAUCCCACUGGACCAGCAUUAGACCCUCGUCAUGAUCAGGUUCAAAUGGAAAGUUUGCCAUUGUAUCCUCAUACAUCUGUAAACAGCUCACUGAUCUUUUCUGGUCCAAUUACAUACAAUAACAAACUAAAUGUGCUUGCCAUAAAGCUUAACCUGGUGGUUUCAUGCUAAAUAAAGAAGGUAUCUUGUAUACAGGAAGUUUAAGACAAUUCUGUAGUUUGCUUUGGACCCAGAUGUUUGAUAAGACUCAAGUAUAAGAGUAUCACAACAUGCUGGCCUUUGUUUCUGUUCAUAUCAAUCUUUAUUUUAUUCAUGGAAUGGACCUUUGCAUAACAAACGUGGGUUAUGUAUGUCAUAUGUCGUGUGGCAUGAACCAUCAAUCAGUCCAUCCAGAAAUUUAAGAGAGAGGGGAUGAAACAUGAAACUUUGGUUGUAGAAUGAAACUAUAAGUUCUACUUUGAAUACAUACUCCACAUUAAAUCCUGUAAAUAUUAGUACACUGUAUGUACCUCUAUUGUUACCUUGGCACUGGAGUUCUUCGAAUGUUUAAUUUUGUUAUGAACCAGUGGUUAUGAUAAUUAAUACAUUUCAGGUUUAGAAAAUACAUAAGUUUGUUUGAAUAUGUUUCUUCCUAUCUGUUUUCAUAUCUUUUGUGGUCCUUGUUCAGUUUUUGAGAGAUGUCAUUGUGUUCUGUGAAUAAGGGUUUCUAACUGAAUAUCUAUGUUAUCAUGAUCUUGCACUAUUAUUUAUUACAUUUGUGCACAAUUAAUAAAUAAGCAUGCCUUGGUGUUUCAGAAA